AUGCGGAGAAGACAAGUGCUUCCAUUUCAGUCUCAUAUUCCGCUGUCAGUCAACUCUAUCCAUUACCAAUUCGAUACUGAUGGAAAUGCCAUUGAUCUUACAUCUGCGAAGAUCGACCACCUUGGAGGUACCUAUGUUUGGUACGGACUUCCAUUUGGCUGUGGGCAAGCUUUCUGUGGAAUUACUUCCUACUCCUCAUCAGACCUACAGACCUGGCACUUCAAUGGCUUUCUCUUUGACCCCAAUGACACAGUAAUUCAAACUCUCUGCUCGGCACCGCUUUCGGGCAACUGUGGCCGCCCUCACAUUGUUUACAGCAAGCAGAACAAUAACUACGUUCUAUGGGUGAACCAGGCUUCUCCGGGAUAUCUUCUCUUCACAAGCAACAACCCAACCAGCGGCUACACUAUGCUGCAAGACAGAGCGUUGGUUGGCUUCCAACCUCCAGGCCCUUUCCAAGCUGGUGAUUUCAGCGUUCAAAUAAUCAACGGGACAGGCUAUCUAGCCUACUCCUUGAUCGAUUUCACAACCACUGGAGCCUCGAUAUGGCCUCCCUUCAACCAGUCCAUCUACUUUCAAGAACUCACGCCUACAAUGCUCAACACAACAGGCAGCGUAUCACAUGUCGUGAGCGCCGCCCUAGAUCUCGUUGACUUUGAAGCCGAAUCGCCAGAUAUCUUCCAACGCGGCGACUAUUUCUACAUUUCCGCCUCGAACACCUGCGGUUUCUGCACCGGCACCCUCCUCAUCAUCUACCGCUCCAAAAGCAUAGCCGGACCAUGGAAACGACAAAUUAUCAGCGCAGACACAUGCGGCGGGCAAAGCACUGGAGUGCUGUCUCUCCCAUCCCCAUCCGGAGGCCCAACAUCCUAUCUCCACAUCGCCGACCUUGUCAACAGCGCACCUCUAUCAGGGACCCGUAACGCAGCUCACGGGCAUCAACUCCAACUGCUCUCCUUCAACCACGACGGAACAAUCAACGACCUAAACUGUUCACCCACACAAACCUUCACCGUCUCCCUCCGCCCCGGCUCCAACGUCUCCUCAACGGGCCUAGUAACAACCGCCACGGACACCUCAGGAGAACUCGCCUCCUGGACACCGACCUGCAACCUGCCAACCUCCCAACUCUACCAAACCUGGGCCUCCUCCAAAACCGGGACCUUGUCAGAAGUAGGCGUCAACGUCGCCGGCGACACUCCCACGGGAAACCUCACCAUCACAAUCUUCCGCUACCAGUCCAACCGCAAUUUCUUCACGCCCCACUACAUCUGGGAGACGCUAACAACAGUCAACAUCCCACCGUCCAGCAUCUCGCAAGCAUUCGCGGUGAUCCGGGUGCCGGUUGGGAAAGCGGUUACAGAAGGGGACCGGCUAGGGUUCGCGUUGGUGAGCUUGAGUGUUACGCCGAUGUGUGUGUUGAUUAAGACUAGUAAGGAUGUGAUGGUUAAUAUGGAGACUGGUACGAGGACGCUGUUUGCGAAUGGGGCGGGGCAGGUGAGUCUUAGGGGGAGGGAUGGGACGAAGCCACCUGUCAAUGUGAUGGCAGGGCAGGAAAUCAAAUGGUAUGCCAUCGUCGUGUAG